AUGGGCAAAGAAAGAGAUAGGUAUGAUCGACACGAUCGUGGUAGAUAUGAACGCAACAGAUAUGAUCAUGGAAUGUCGAGAGAUAGAAAUGACCAUGACAGAUAUGACAGGGACCGAUAUGAUAGAGAUAGGAGGGACGAUGGUAGAAGGUCUAGGGAUAGGUAUGGCCGCGGUCGGGAUAUCGAUAGGGCCAGCGAUCGAAGUCGAUUCAGGCAUUCAGAUAGCUACGAUAGGAAGAGGUUUAAAUUUGAUUCCCCGCCUAAGCAAGCACCCAAGGAAGGAUUUGGCGGGGGUGUUUUGGGCUAUGUGGACGGGAUCCCUGUACAGGAUUCCGAAGCUGAAUCCACCCGCUUUUCUCGUCAACUUGAGAUAUCUAACACUCCCCCUAACAUAGAGGUGGAAGUGAUUAUUGAAUACUUUAAUAUGGCAAUGUUAGCUGUUGGUGGCAAUUGUUUACCUGGAAACCCAGCAAUUAGGGGAAAGCACAAUAGCAACGAUAAAACUUCAAUCACGAUUGAAAUGAGGACACUCGAAGAGACUAGUAAUGCUCUGCAACUUAAUGGAUUAAAUUUGAUGGGGAAAAGUUUAUCCAUUACUCGUGUUGGGAACUGUCCCCCGGAAUACAUUAAUAAGGCACCUCCACCAACUGUACCCACUAUAUCUCCAAGCAUUCUAGCACUUGGGGUAAAUGGUCUACAGUCUGCCGACAUUAAACCAUUGCUAUCAAAUGCUAUAACAAGUCUUGUUGGUGGUGCGCCAAAAACUGACAGAUUACUCAUACUAGAUCUACCCAUUACACAAUCUGAAGAUCAAAUUAAAAGUAUGGUGGAGGAAUUUGGCAAAUUGAAGUACAUACAAUUGUUCAAAAACGCGGAUGAUACUAGCGCCGGAAUGUGCCUAAUUGAGUUCGUCGACACAAAUGUACAAGUGGAGGCUUUGCAAAAAAUGAGGCUACAAUAUAACAUUAUAUUAGCUGAGGAUGCUUUGACAAAACGAAUAAUCGACAGGAAUUUGCUGAGAUUACAAAUGAGGAAUCAGUCGGAGCUAAUGAAAACUCAAAUUCCAACCAGAUGUAUAAUAAUAAGAAACCUAGUCACAACAGCAUCUUUGCAAAAUGACCGGGAAUAUCAAGAAGUAAUUGAAGACAUUCGCGCCGAAUGCGAUCUUAUGGGACAGGUGGAAAGGGUGGAAGUUCCUAGGAAUCCUCCCAGCGAAAUGGCCUAUGCGUUUGUGCUAUUUGAAUCAAUUCAAGGGGCUGCCAUGGCUAGGAAGUCUUUAGGAGGACGCCGUUUCGCAUCAAAUGUAGUACAGGUUGAUUUCUACAAUGAAGAGGAGUUCAUGAUGGGCAAAUUUGAUAAGCCUGAAGCCAAUUAUGAAUUGGCAAUACGGGGCUAG